AUGGGUUUCACUCGUGCUACCGUCGCCGGCCUCCUCGUUGGAGCUGCCAUGGCCUCUCCCCACUACGGCUACGGCAACGGCACCCAGUACACCACCGAGGUCGUCACCGCCUACACCACCUACUGCCCGGCUCCCACCACCCUGACCUACCAGGACAAGACCUACACCAUCACCGAGGCCACCACCCUGACCAUCACUGACUGCCCCUGCACUGUCAGCCACCCUCUCAAGCCCACCUACCAGCCUCCCAAGCCCGUCUACACCACCGAGGUCGUCACCAAGCUCACCACCUACUGCCCUGAGCCCACCACCCUGACCUUCAACAACAAGACCUACACCGUCACUGAGCCCACCACCCUGACCGUGACUGACUGCCCCUGCACCGUCACCAAGUCUCACACUGGUCCUGCUCCCACCGGUCCUGCUCCCGUCAAGCCCACCGGCGAAGGCCCCGUCCCCGUCAAGCCCACUGGCGAGGCUCCCGUCCCCGUGGCUCCUACCGGCACCGGCUCCACCCCCGAGACCCCCGCCGAGUCUGGACCCGCCGUCGUCGUCAACGCUGCCGGCCGCUUCGCUCCCGCCGGUCUCCUGGCUGCCAUUGGUGCCAUUGCCCUGUUCUAA